GAGAUGUUCAAGUCCGCCGCCGUGCUCUGCCUGCUGGUCGCUGCUUGCAGCGCCGCGCCCUCCACCAGGGUCCGCACGCCCAGGCCUCUCCUUGAUGGCCGCAUCGUGGGCGGGGAGCCUGUGGACAUCUCGCAGUUCCCGUGGCAGGUCUCGCUGCAGGAGUUCGGCUCCCAUAGCUGCGGUGGCUCUAUCAUCAGCUCCACGUGGGUCCUGACGGCGGGGCACUGCAUCGUCGGUUACAGCGCAGACAUGCUCUCAGUCCGGACUGGCAGUUCAAUUCGUAAUAGCGGUGGAACCGUCUACGAUGUUUCCAGUGUGAUUGAACAUGAGCUUCAUGACUCUUCCACGCGUGAAUACGACUUUGCACUUCUUGAGAUUUCCGGUUCAUUCUCCUUUGACAACAACGUGCAGAUUCGAAGCAAACAGGUAUGUGGUGAGCCUCGGCAGCUCGGAGCUGUGCCAGCAGUGACCAUCACGGGCUGGGGCAACUGCAGGUCCUGCAGCUCAGCCACGCAGCUGCAGGCAGUCACCACGCACAUCGUUGAGCGGAGUGUGUGUAACGAGGCCUACGGCGGCUCCAUCACGGACAGCAUGAUCUGCGCUGGCGAAGAGGAGGGCGGCAAAGACUCGUGCCAGGGCGACAGUGGCGGACCUCUUGUGGAGGGUUCCACCCAGUACGGUGUCGUCUCCUGGGGCAGAAUAUGCGCUGAGGCCGGCUACCCUGGCGUCUACUCCAAUGUUCCCGCCGCUCGGUCCUGGAUAACCGAAAAAACCGGCGUAUGGCUUGGCGACUCCUUCGAGCCCUGUUUAAGUGAAGACUGUACAUAG